UCCAAAGUGGAUCAGGCCAAAGCUGGCCUUUCAUGUGAGAUCCCUCUGGGCAUUAAAUAUUAAAUAUUCACUUUGGAUCCAUCAUUAUUGGACAAAGACAGAGGACACGCACUGGUUCCCAUGGAGCCCAACCUGUCCGGGUCUUUCCUCUUCAACAAUGGCUUGAACCAGUUCCCGACGGACAUCAAGGCGCCCAUGUGCCAAUACUCUGUGCCCAACAGCUUCUACAAGCUCGGCCCUGGCAACCUGAAUGCCCAGCUGCAGGCAGGCACGCCACACGGCAUCAGUGACAUCCUGAGUCGCUCUGUUGUAGGAUCCCCGGCUAACACCGCACUCCUCUCGGGAUAUUCCAGUAUGGGGGGUUUCAGUGGCACUGUGCCCACUCCAGGGGUGUAUUAUAACCGGGAUUACACCCCAACGACUUUGGGUGCUUUCCCCAAACCUAGUGAGUGUCCAAGCAUGAAGGGACGCACCAGCUGCUGGGUGGAGGGAGGCUACGACUGGAGAGGAGGAAGACAACAGUGCAGCAACAGUAAGAAAAUUCAGUCAUUCAUUUUCUUCAGAAAUCCAAUAAACAGUGGGCAUCCUGGUGAGACGGCGGGAAGAAAGAAACACACGCGGCCAACGUUCAGCGGGCAUCAGAUCUUUGCCCUCGAGAAAACCUUCGAGCAGACCAAAUACCUCGCAGGACCAGAGAGAGCAAGACUGGCGUACUCACUGGGCAUGACCGAAUCACAGGUCAAAGUGUGGUUCCAGAACCGACGCACUAAGUGGCGUAAGAAGAGCGCAUCCGAGCCGAGCUCCACUCAGGCACCCCGGGUCGACAGGCAGGGUGCCUCAGACACCGAGCUCGAGGAUGAGGAGUACAACAAGCCUCUCGACCCCGACUCGGACGACGAGAAGAUCCGCCUGCUGCUGCGCAAACACCGCAGAUCAUUCUCAGUGCUACGCCUGGGGCCACAUCAUGUCUGACACCCACACACACACACACGUGUACAUGACAUAAUGUUUACAUGCUGAAAACUAAAACACACAUGCACACAUAUAUAUAUAUAUAUAUAUAUACAGUCUACACUAGACAAACCUUUUCACUUUGUCCAACUUGCAGCAUCUCCAGAUUAUAGUUUCUACCCCACGUUUCUGUAAAUAAUUUCCAAAACUAUCUUUAUUUAUUGAACUUGACACGUGAGAGAAAUCCUUCCACACGACUUGGGUAUGCUACCGUCAGCAUUGUCGAUGUUUAAUAAAUAUAUAA